AUUGAUCAAUAUUAAGAGAAAGAUAAUUAUAAAUACAUACAAUGUCACAUACAAUAUCAAUAUUUUAAUGUUGAAAUAAUACAAUUGAUUUGAAAAGACUUGAUACACGAGAUUAUCAUUAAAAAAAUGGAACAAGAUAGUCAAACUUGCAAUUUGUUCCAAUUUUCAAAAUAGGAUGAUGGCUCAAACUGUAUUCCAGCUAUCAGAGUCUCCUCCACGAUCCGCUGACCACCUCACCACCUGCUAUUAGGUUACUGAUUGGGUCAUCCACCAUUUUCAUCUGCACCUCAAGUCCAAUAGCGUCGGGCGCGAGGAGGUGUGUUAAGAAGUCUCGUAUCGGUUGCGAGAUGACCUGAAUAUAUGUUUAUAAAGUAGAGGCAAUUCUCGCGCUAAUUUUGUAGGGUUGAGUUAGACUCAAAUUUCAAUUCUAAGACUAGCUUGUUAUAAUAAUCCCAUGAUGGGCGUACAAUACUUGGGACUUCUAUAUAAGGACAUACAAUUGCCCUUCUUAGCACACAAAAACUACACACUGUCUCUAUUCAAAUCUCAAUGGCUUCCAUAUCAAAUCUUAUGUUUUUAUCUUUCAUUUUCCUUUUCAACAUCAUAAACAUUCCUUUCAUCACAAACGCUCAAUCAUGCCAAUCCUCUGGCACACUAAACUGCAAAGGAAAAUCAUUCUCUCGGUUCAAGUGUUCUCCACCAGUUUCAUCCUCCACACAAGCAUUACUCACGUUGAAUGAUUUUAGCGAAGGCGGAGACGGAGGAAGUCCAUCUGAGUGCGAUGAUAAUUUCCAUAGCAACUCAGAAAGAGUGGUGGCGUUGUCCACCGGGUGGUAUAAUGGAGGGUCUAGGUGUGGAAGAAACAUUAGAAUCAAGGCACGAAACGGGAGGAGUGUGACGGCAAAAGUGGUGGACGAAUGUGAUUCGGUGAAUGGAUGUGAUGGGGAACAUGCGGGUCAGCCGCCUUGUCGUAACAAUAUUGUUGAUGGAUCUGUUGCUGUGUGGAAGGCGUUGGGAUUGAAUACAGAUGUGGGUGUAGUGCAAGUUACAUGGUCUUUGGCUUGAAUGAAUGGAACUUCAAGUAUAUGCAACAUGCAAUGGCUAAUUAAUAAAUAAAUAAGAAUAAGCUUAAGCUUAAUUUGCAAUAGGUUGUAGCUUGCUUGUGUUGUUUCUUCAUCUAGUUGAUCUUUUAUUUUAUAUAUAUAUAUAUAGAUGAUGGGAAUGCUUAAUGAUGAGCAUUUUUUAUAUCUAUUUUGAAGUUAAUGAAGGAGUGUGUUUGUUUCAAUUGUAUUUUUAAAAAGAC